AUGUCCUCAUUGAUAAAUAUACACUAUGAUGAAAAUAAUGAUGAAGAAGAAAAUUUGAUUAUAAAGUUUGCAGACUAUGAGACAUUUAAAUUAUAUGUUUUAAAAAAAUAUGAUAAGAUAUAUAAAACAUGCAAUUAUGAGAAAUCUGUUAUAAAUUAUUAUAGUGUGAAGUGGAUUAAUUUUAUUAAUCGUAAGGUUCCCAUAUUAUUACAAAACAAGAGCGGUCCUUGUCCUCUUUUAUGUAUUACAAAUAUUUUAUUAUUAAGAAAUCAAUUACAUAUUGAUAGAAAAGUUAAGAAGAUAUCACAAAAAGUUUUAGAAAGUAAAAUUAUGAAUAUUUUAUUAGAAUCUAAUAAAAAGAAUGUAACUGAAAAUAAUUCAUCUUGUAAUUAUAGAAAGAAUAUUAUUGAAUGUGUUGAAAUAUUACCACAAUUAAAAUAUGGAUUAGAUGUUAAUUGUAAAUUUACAAAUAUUUGUUCUUUUGAAUAUACAAAAGGUUUAUGUAUUUUUGAUAUGUUAAAUAUUCCUCUAUAUCAUGGAUGGGUUAUUUCUUCAGAUGAUAUUAUUUUUUAUUCCUAUUUAAAAGAUUAUUCUUAUAAUGUUAUUAUCAAUAAAAUUGUUAGAUAUAAUGAGUACUAUGAAAAAAAGAGGAAAAAAAAACACCUUCUUGAAUUAACCCAAGAUAAAGAUAUUAUGUGUGAACUAGAAGACAUAAAAGAAUACACUCCCAAUUUUUUAGAAGAUCGAGACAAAAAAAAAGAAAAGUCAAAGAGGAAAAGUGUAUCUCCCAUGAAUAAAAAUAAAACAAAAAAUAAAAAUAAAAAUAAAAGUAAUAAAAAUAAAAAUAAAAAUAAAAAUAAUGACAAUAAUGUCAGCAGUGACAAUAUUGAUAAUUAUGACCAUAUUGAUUAUAAUAAGAAUAAAUAUAAUUCUAAGAAUAAUAAAAAAAAUUAUGACCUUCAUUUUCAUAACCAACAAUUUGAUGAUAAUCUUAAUUUUAAUUAUCCACAAUUUAACACUAGUUUUAUUAAAAAUAAUAGUUUAAAAAAAAAUAGUCAUAAUAUACCCAUCUUUCCAGACGAUCUAGAUCAAACGUCAGAAGAUAACACAAUAACUAAAAUGUUAGUAGAAGAUAUAAAUAUAAGUGAUAAUAAUUUCAAUUUUGAUAAUAUCAAAUUAUCAAAAAAGGUAAAUCUUCAAUAUGACACCCAAAUGUGUAAUAACGAUUUUGAUACCAACAAUAGUAGUAAUAACAACAACAAUAAUAAUAAUAAUAAUAAUAACAACAAUAAUAAUAACAACAAUAAUAACAACAACAACAAUAAUAAUAAUAUUAAUAGUAGUAGUUGUAGUAAUAGCUAUAUUCAUCAUAGCAAUAGAAGGGCAUUCAGCACAAAUGUUGUUAGAAGCUCCAAAAUAAUUAAUAAUUUUUCGAAUGUGCUAGAAAAAAAAGAAGAUAAUGUUUUAGAAUCACAUUUUAUCAAAGAAAAUAAUAAUUCAAAUAAAUUGUCGUCUCGUAUAAAAAAAUCACAAUCAUUUAUUAAAAAAGAAAAAAGUUAUAACAAAUUAAUGCUAUAUAAAGAUAAUCUAGAUCAUCUUAAUAAAAUAGAUGCUCCAAAAUUUCCAGAAGACACACUAACUAAUUCAAAUAAUGUUAUUACAAAUGAAUAUUCUGAAAAAAAUUAUGAAGAUAGUAAUAUUAAAUUAAAUAAUAUUGAUGAUGAUAAUUUUACAAAUAAUGAAUUCUUUUUAGAAUCUAAUAAAAUUGAAAGUAUUAUAAAUGAACAAGCAUUUGAUAAUUAUACAGAUAAUAACACAGAAAUAAGUGAAAAUUUUAUUAUGAAAAAUUAUAACACAGAAAUUAAUCUAACACCUUAUGAAGUACAUGAAGCUUUAAUUAUUUCAGAAUUUCUUGAAACACAUAAAACACAAUUAACUAAAGUAGGAUUAAAGUUAUUACAUGAAACUCUAAAUCCAAAUCAACUUGUUGCCUUCUUUAGAAAUAAUCAUUUUAAUACACUCUUCAAAUAUGAAAAUAAACUUUUCAUUCUAGCUGCUGAUAUUUCAUUUCUACAUCUAAGCUGUACAUGGGAACUUUUUGAUAAUGUUGAAAAUGAUACAUCAUAUUUUGAUAAUAAUUUUGAAUGCCUAGCUAACCAAAAAACAGAUAAAAAAGAUCUUAAUCAUUCUAUUAUUUAUUCCAGAAAUUUUGAUAAAAGUACUGCAAGAAACAAUAUUUAUUGUUUAAGGUCUAAUGCUACUAUGAAUAAUAAUAAAAAAAAAAAAAAAAAAAAAUGCACCAUCAUGUGA